AUGACAGCCGGGACAGUGGUCAUCACAGGUGGAAUACUAGCUACAGUUAUCUUACUGUGUAUCAUCGCAGUACUGUGCUACUGUAGGCUGCAGUAUUAUUGCUGUAAGAAAGAAGAGUCGGAGUCGGAGGAGGAGGAGCCAGACUUUGCCGUAACGUCCCGCCUUCCGCCGGUCCACUCCAAUCACAACAUUGUGGCGGCCACGGCCGCCACCUCCUCGGUCCCCAAUGGCCCUGCCCUGUUCUCCACACCUCCGCUGGCCAGAAAGCUGACUCGCUCGCAGACUUUCUGUCCAUCCUGCACGCACUAUGAGCUGCCGUUCUACCUCCAGCCUCCGCCGUCUCAGCUCCACCACCAGCCAGAGGGGUUGAGGAAUGGGGGUGACCGGAUCAGCUAUCGCAGUGUCCAGCAGCAGGAUCUGGACCUGCCCGUCCCCGUGAACCUGUCAAAUUACCGGAAGCACAACCUCUCCCGCUCGGUCACCAUGAGGGACAUGUUCACGCGGAGCUGCAGCAUCAGCACUGAUGUCUAG